UAUGUCUAGAAAAUUAUGGAAUGCUGCAUCUCCAGAAUGCAAUUUGGCGGAAGAAUUCCAAUGUCAAAACAUUCACCAGUGCAUACCGAAGGAGCGAUAUCACGAUGGCUGGCCGGACUGUGAUGACGGCUCCGAUGAAGAAUGUGGUCGAGGCCAACACCGCUGCCGCUGCGGUGUCCCCCACUGUGUCGAUGGUCAUAAGGUUAAGGAUGGAGUCAAGGACUGCGAGGAUGGAUCGGAUGAAGCCGAUAAUAUCAACAAAACAGCGCCGUGUCCCGACGAAGGGCGUCUUCAGGAUUUGCUCGCCGUUGAGAAACGGAGGAAGAAAAGACAAAUACAUGCAUCAGGACUGGAAUCUGCAUCUUCAAGAGGAGUGGAUGGAACUACAAUUGAAGGAACUGGGAUUUAUUUGCAACCUUCUAUACCAGAAGACUUGUCCAAUAACUUCCAGUAUAGCUAUACAAAAUUUCUCAGUGACAGACAAAGCCAGUCUGGGUAUUCUUCUGCAAGUGCUCCAAAUUUUGAUGAAGUAUCUUUAGAUCUACCUUCAAAGAAGACGCCUGUUAUGUUGGCCAGAAUACCUUUGAAAAUUAGCACCGAAACUGAAUUGUAUGGUUCUUUGAAUUCUGGAAAAAUUUAUCAAACAGCUGUCAACGAACCCAUUUCAGUAGUUCCAUCAGCAGAAUUCACAGUUAUAAAAUUUGAUGAUGAAUCAAUUGACAAGAAAACUCAUGCAAAAUCAACGCAUGAGGCUUUAAAGAAAAUGCAAACUGUAAAAUCUGAUCAAAGAAAAUUGGGUGAGUUGGUACAAAAAAUAGCUGCCCUAUUUCAAAAUGAAACUGUGUCUAAAAAUUUUCAGAAGUAUCCCAAAGAAGAGCAACUCAGGUCAGAAAACGCUCAUUUUAUUGGUAAAUUUAAACCGCGAAAGUUAUUGGAAGUAUCUAACUAUGAAAUAUAUGGAUAUGAUAAACGAAUUUUUAAAAGAGAAGUGGAAGAUUCUGACGUUCAUGUAAGUCACAUUCCUCUAGUUCUCACUCCAACAGUUCCUUACAUGCCUCAGAGUAGUAUUCACACAACAGGUGUCAUUAUGUCUACAACUGGAACUGACAUCUUUAAUGGUAGAACAACUGAAUGGACAACUAUAAUUGAAGGAACUUACAUUAAUGGAACUUAUGCUCAUGUAGUACAAAGUACUUCACAUAUAUUUUACACCGUAGAUAAACCAACAAUGACUCCAGAAAGUUCAAUACCUCAUAUGAAAAUAACAUCGGAAAUAAUUACACCUAAACUGUUUACUCAGAAAACACCAAGGGUGCCAUUUGCUAUAAUGUCAUCGGAAUCGGUUGUGGAAGCAACUGGAACAUUAGUUUCAAAUGUUGUAACUACCUCUUUACAAAAUACUAAAGAAGAAAGUAUUGCUAAAUUAGAUGCUUUGAUAAAUAUUCUGUCAAGUUCUUCAUCUUUGAAUGAGAAACCAAUUGAUCCAACUCUAGCAUUUGUAACAGAUUUCGAUAUUACAACUAUUAAGCACAGCGAUGAAUCUUCGAAAGAAAAGCUUGGCUUUGAUACCACGAUAAAGGAAGAAAUAUCUAAAGUAAGCGUACAAAGCUUAGAUUUGCCUACAAUAACUUCAGAAGAGCCAACAUUCAUUAAUACUUCCAGUACUGGCACCACAAAAAACAUUCAAGAUUCAGGUCAGACUAGAACUACUGAAAGCAUUACGUUAGAUACUGAUGAUGAAGAAGGAAUUGAUCCUACCGAAAGUGAUUUACUUCUUUUAAACAUUAUAGGACGAAUGGCAGGUGUUCAAACGUCUGAUCCUAAAGAUGAAGAAAGUAAGACUUUAUCUAACGAAACAACUUCUAACAGCACAGUGGACUUUCUUAGAGAAGGAAUGCAUCUCAUGCCUACUUUCAGCACCGAUCUUUUUUCUAAAAAUCUGACAGACCAAAUUAGAAGCACAAAAAUAAUGAAAGAUGUAUCAUCGGGAUUAGAAACUAUUCAACUAAAUACAACAUCUAUCCACAUUACAGCUUCAAGCAAUAAUUUAAAAAAUUCAAUGGAAAAAGGGAGCACAUUAGCAGAUGAAGUAGGAUUCAUCUCGAAACUGGAAACAAGUCUAAAAAUUCCUGAUGUAAGUGAUUUGAUUUCCUUGAUUCACGAAGCUGUUGCUUCUACGUCAGCGAAGGAAAUUUCUACUAAUUCUGAAACAAUGAGUGUAGACAACGCAAUAAAAGAAACUGACUUAUCUACAUUUGCUACUGAAAAUAAAACACAGGAUGUAUUUGGAGAUCUUAAUAAAUCCACUCUUAUUGAAACUAAUAUGGAAGGCAAGUCAACAAAUGUAUUAGAAGAUGCAAAUAAUGGCCAAAUUACCUCUACGUCAAUUCCAAAUUCACAGGUAGAAUCCGUUACCUUGGCUACUGCUACUAAUUCUAAAACUGACAUUGAAGAAGUAACAGCGCACUUAGAUGUUUUGAGUACUCUUGGUUUGUCUAAUUCUCCAAUCGAACUAGGAAUAGAAGCUGGAGAUAUGCUAAAAUAUAAUUCUGAAAUAAAAGAAACAAAUUUUGUUACUUCCAUCCCAAGCGAGAGCACUCCAAAUAUAGAACCUACCAACACGAUUAUAUCUUCUACAUCUUUAAAAGAAGAAACUUCAACUGUAAUUUCCUCUUCAGCUGAGGUAAGAAAUGAUGAUUCUAGUUCAUAUGAAAUGAAUUUAUCAGAUGUUACAGUGCUCUUGCUUCCAAGUAUGAACACUGAAAAACUUAAAUCUCUUAUAAAAGCGUCUGAAGGGCCGCAUACUGAGCCAUCUCCAGAACUUGAAACGUCUAAAAUUGAAAAUAUAAUGUCUUCUUUACGUAUUGAGACUAGCAUUGCAGAUUCCGAAAUCAGAAGUGUUUCUUCCGAGGGAGAAAUAACUUCGCAAAGGUCCAAACGAGCUGUUCCUGAAUCCGUGACUGUUUUAAGACCUGGUGGAAGAAUUAUAUCAACUGACGCUCACAUUUAUUUGACACCUACAACUCAUUAUACAACUUACACUUACUUUACAACCAUUCUUAAACCAGGAGGUGGUACGCAAAUUCAAAGUAGUAUUCAUGUGGAUAGUAUCAUUGUCGAACCAAACGAACGUUCUGUCUAUGGGCACAAUAUCUAUUCACAGCCUUGUUGUGAUGGUGCUAGACAUACCUCUAUUGACGAUGGUUAUCAAACUAGAUACUCAGGAAGAUCUGUUAUAGGUGAUCAUUAUCAUAUUGAGACAGUGCCAUAUGAUGCAGGAAGAGCAAGUGAAAUAACUCAUCGGACAACAUUUACUUACUAUACAACACGUUUCAGGGGCGGUACUUCUUUCGUAGAAACUCGAAAGGAAACUGAAACAAAUGUAACGCCCAUACCAACCGCGCGAUACUCACCUUUCGAAAUUGGUACUCAUUAUGAUGGUAAUUAUGAAGGUACUCCACUGUACCAUACAGAGGUACCAUACAGUGGUGAUCCAAGACCAAAUGAUAUUACCCACAGAACAACAUAUACAUAUUAUACAACAAGAUUUCAAAAUGGUGUACCUAUCAUAGAAACUCGAAAAGAAACUGUAACUCAAGCGACUCCCAUACCAACUUAUUAUAGACCUGAAUAUCCAUCACGUCAAGUACUGCGCGCUACAGUUCCAGUUUAUUCGCAGCGUAUUGAUCCUAAUUUAUACAAGCCUGAUAAAGUGACACAUAGGACAACUUAUACAUACCAUACAACUAGAUUCAGAGACGGCACUCCAAUAAUCAAUACUAGAGAAGAAACAGAGACAAAUGUCACACCCAUUCCUACUUAUACGAGACCUGUUGCAACACAAAGACACACUGUGAGUAGAAUUGUACCUACCAGAGUCGCAACACGCUAUAUUGAUAGAACUGUGCCAUAUAAUACUUAUAAUCGACCGGAAUCUGAUCCUUACAUUACUCAUCGAACGACUUAUACCUAUUACACAACGAGGCUGAGGGGAGGAACUUCUCAUGUUGAUACAAGAUAUGUUACGGAAACAAAUAUAACUCCUAAUCCAACGGUUCCCUAUGUUAGAGGCUCAACUGUUUAUGCGCAACCAAAUUACGAUGACAGUUAUUAUGAAACCGAAUGUCCAGUGUGUAGAGAAUCUUAUAGAGGUACGCCUACCAGACGGUACCCCAGCGACAGAAUAAGGGGUAGAACUGCCGUUACUACCAGUCGAAGAUCGGAUGGAAUAGAACCAGCUGUGCGUCCAUCAACAGCAACACAUUUUUCUACAUACACAUAUGCAACAACGGAAUUAGCUCGAGGAGGUACACCAGUCGUUAGAACAAGGGAACACACAGUUACAGACGUGUAUUCAGAUGUAGUUCUGCCAACUUUGAAAUUUGGAGAUAGAAUUCGAUCCAAAAGAACCUUAAACCCUGAAAAAAAUUAUCCUCUAAACACUCAAAAUCUAGGAACUAAUAUUAGGUAUAUGUUUAGUGCAACUCACAAUUAUCCUGAUGGAAGGCAAGGGAGGAGGAUUCCUUUAAGAAGAGAAAAUGAUCAGUACUUAAAUAAAUUGAACACUCAUAGGGGUGGCGAUGAUACAAGCAUUGAAAACUUGCAUAUUAACAGGAAUCGAAAUCCGAACAUUGAUGCUUACGAUGGUGAAAUAAAACCCACUAGCAUUACGUAUUAUUCCACUUAUACUUAUUUCACAACUGAACUAGGUGAUGGGACUCCUGUAAUUAGAAGCCGAGAACAUACAGUAACCGAAAUUCUUACAGAUGUAAUUGUACCUACAGUGUCUGCAGUUAGGAUGCCACAUAAUAUUCGAAAUACCAGAUUACCAGCAUUUAAUCCAAAAAAUAGGCGAGCUCGAGAUCUUUCUUUUGCUCCUUAUGGAGAAGUUAAACCUCGGAGAAAGCUUUUAAGUUUGUCAAAAGAGAUUUCUGAGAGUGAUCUGGCAAUGAGUUUUGUACAUACCGAACCUAUACCAUCAAUAAAUACAUUUCAAAUUUCGACCCUUGAACUUUCAUCUUUCGAUAAGCAGCCAGUUUUUGCAUCAAAUGAAGUAAUGAAAAGCAUAACAGUAACAUCUCCUACUGAAUUAGGUUCAAAGAAUUCCGACUCAUUAGAAGAUGACUUGAAACCAUCUGUAGCAGAAAUAAAGCACAACAUUGCUCCCUCUACUGUAAUUAAAAAUUAUACGUUUACUCUCUAUUGGGAAAGAUCUAAACCGGAUGGGAGUUCUGCUGUAGAAUCAACUACACAUAUUGUUGCAGAUACCAUUACAUUGGAUAACGUAUUAACAGUAAACAAAUCUGAAUCUUUAUAUGAUACUAUUAAUCCAGCAUUUUCUCAUAAAUUUAAUGCAGAUGUGAAAGACGCUAUUACUCCAUCUACCGUGACUGAAUAUCACACAUAUACUUACUUUACUAGCGAUAUACUUAAACCGGAUAGAAGCUAUGCUGUAGCAAGUAUUGUAACACUUUCACAAGUUAAAACAUUAGAUAUUGCAUCAACAAGAAGGAGUUCUGAAUCUUUCUAUAAUCCUAUUAAUACAACUAUACCACAUAAGAUUGUUGAAGAAAUGAACCAUACUAUUUCUCCAACUCCCGUAGCUGAACAUAUACCAUUUACUUCGAUUACGAUGAAACUUGAAUCAGAUGGAAAUUCUGAUGCAGAAACCAAUAUUGAAAGAAAUUCACCUACUAUGUUACCAGAUAUUGCGUUAACACAAAAUGAUUCUGAAUCGUUAUAUAAUCCUAUUAAUGCAAAUCUUUCACAUGAAGCUGUUACGGAUGAUAAGAAUAAUGCCUUUGACCUAAAAAGUAGUACAGAAAUUUCUCAUGGAGUAUCUAAUUUUGAAACUACAUUAAAUAAUACUCUGGAAAUAAAUGCUGAAAAUAUGAGGAAGCCAGAUUUUCCUUCAACAAAAUUGGGUGCUCUUUUAAGUAAUUUAACGGUGGUACUGACUAAUGAAAGUCUGUCUCUAAAUAACACACCCGAUAACAUAUUAUCAACUCGUAAUACAAGAGCAGAUAACUCUUCUACUUUUUUGCCAGAUAAAGGAAAUUUUACUGUAUCUACGACUAAUAGUAUUGCUACAUCUACUUUCAAGGAUUUAUUCAGUUCGACUAUAACGCCAGAGACUAUUAAGGAAAGUGGUUUUAAUACUUCUGUAACAACAAAUAUAACGAAAUUAAAAAGCGAAAAUUCAGAUUCAAAGAAUUUCCACUCGCUCGAAGAUUACCUGGAACCAUCUGCUGCAGAAAUAAAAGAAAAUAUUGCUCCCUCUACAGUAUCUGACCAUAUUACAGCUACUAUGUUUCAUUACAAAUAUAAAUCAGAUGGAGGCUAUGACAUAGAAUCCCGUAUUGUAACAUUUAGAGAUACUGUAUCAACAAGAAUAAGUUCGGAAUCUUCAAAUGAUCGAAUUAAUGCAACUAUUACACAUGAGGUGGAUGCAAAAAUAAGACACACUAUUGCUCCAACCCCUGUCUCUAAAUAUUCACCAUUAACUUCGACAUCAUUUGGAAUGAAACUUAAACCAGAUGGAAAUUCUGAAGCAGAAACUAAUAUUAAUGGGGAUCUAGUGAGAUUUAAAAACAGUGUCAAGAAUCAAAGUGAUACUGGAAAUACACAUACUACUAGUAAAAUUUCUCCAGCAGUUGAAACUUCGGUUACGUUAAAAAAGAAUGCGAAGGAAAUUAAUGUCGGUAAUAUUUUUUCACCUUCAGUAGGAACAACAGAAAUAAAUAUUAGCCCAACAUUUACUUCAAAUAAUCCUACAUCUCCUACUUUAGUUUAUACUACGACUUCUAGGAAAGAUCUUGAUACUUUACACAGCGUCAGCUCAUUAGUGGAGAGCACAUUUAGCAUGGACAGCGAAAAUGCCCACUUCACCAAACCAAGUUUCAAUAUAUUAACAUCUGAAGCAUUAACUAUUUUCAGCACUCAAGAGACUCCUUUAUUAGACCGUUUUCCAGUAUCGAAUUCACCUGAAAUUUCGAUGAGCACUAGCAGUAUGUCAGAUUCUUUUACCUUGGAUGUAUUCGCAAGUGAAGAUUUAGUAGCUGAAGGUGCUGAGCAUAGACCUGCUGUCAUGGCUACUCCUGCUACGCAUUACACGACGUUUACAUAUUUUACGACAAAUUUAAAUCCCGGUGGGCAAAGAAUUAUUGAAACUCGUACCAAGGUGACUGCUUCAACAUAUUACAAAGAAAUUCCAACGUAUGAGAAGAAAACUCAGCCUAGUGAUUAUUACAAUAGAAGAACACAUGUCAAUUCUUACCCUUCCAGACGAAAUUUUAAAUGCUGCGAUGGAGAUAAUUUUAGAGCCACUAGAAGACAGGAUCUUUUACCGGAUGGUGCAAUAUUUAGAUUUCAAUCUGUAUAUCCAGAAGCACAUGUAAAUAAAGGUUAUAGACCUUCAUUUGAUACAAGACCACGAGGACCUUUUACACAUGGAAGUACUAAACGUGAAUGUCCGACAUGUUUGACUGGUUCACCAAGCAAAAGGUUGCAUGAAAGCCAUUACGGUAGUGAAAAGAAAAUCCAUGUUUAUAAUAAUCAGCCAAGACCUGGUUCUUAUUUAACAAGUAUUCCUGUUCGAAGAAUGUCUACUCACAUGCGGAGGAUUCCUGUCAGGUCUCAUAAUACCAUCCCAUAUGAAACCUCAGAUAUCAAACCAACUCGAGUAACGUUUUAUUCCACAUAUACAUAUUUUACAACAGAAUUGCUUAAUGGUUCUCCUACUAUUCGGAGUAGGGAGCAUACAGUUACAGAGAUUUUGACAGAUGUAAUUGUACCUACGGUAGCGUCAGUUUCUCAUGUAAGUCAAAGUCGUGCGCUUUAUCGUAGAAAUAAAAGGCAUAAUAUUGAAAAUGAAUUAAAUUCUAAUCCUGAUUUGCAUAAAGUUCCCAAACCGUUGUUAUUUCAGAGACGUCUUUUGAGUUUAGUUGAAGAAGAGCAACCAGAGGAUGAAACUAUAAAUCAAAACUCGCAUGACAAUGUACCAGAUCAUGACUUGAUGCCAGAUGAAGCGGAAGCCAUAUAUCAAACAAUUCAACCCACACCACAUACCUUUUACACUACAUACACUUAUUACAAAACCAUCCUAAAACCUGGAAACAAACGGGAAAUUCAAACCAGUACAAAGAUAUCAUCUUCUGUGCUUUAUCCUAACGUUAGGCCUACUGCCAGAUACCAGGAAAACGGUAACAAAGCAACGCAAUUGCCAUACUAUUAUGAAAAGCCUGAAAUCAGAAAUAAUUUAAACAGAAACAAGAACUGCCAGUCCUGCCAAAAAUUCUCCUCAGCUUCUCGUUUUCAAAAGCCGUAUUACCUGACGCCAUCUAGACCUGAGUUGAAAAAAAAAUUUAGAUCUGUUGUUAAUAAUGAUUAUCAGCAGAGGAACCAUAACAUUCGAAAAAAUAUUGAUUAUGAAAUUAAACCUUCUGUUGUGACAUACUAUUCAACAUAUACAUACUUUACCACAGAGCUUUCAGAUGGUUCGGUAAUUACUAAAAGUCGAGAACAUACAGUUACAGAAAUUUUAAGCGAUGUAAUAGUUCCAACAGUUGCAUCAAUAGCAUCGAGACGUUCGGCUAGUAUCACACCUAUACCUACUAUAGCUCAAACCUUUAACACACUUCCUGUUUAUUUUCCGAAUCGGAGACUGUUAGCAGUGGAUGAAAUUCAACCACAUAUCAGCGUCAGCGAAAUGGUUUCGAAAGAAGCAGAUCUACCGUCAACAUUGAAUGGUUACGAGAAGAAGCAUGAAGCUUUAAAUGAAGAUAUAUCACAUGAAAAUAGUUUAGUCAGUUCCUUUCAUGUCCCAGACACUUUUCGGACCGAAAGUCAUUCAACUGAUGCAUCGAAAAUUCUCGAUGAUGAUUUUUUAAAUAACGCCCAAUUUAGCAAGGCGUAUGCCGCAUAUUUAGAAUUCUUAAAAUCUUCAGGAACUGAAAUCCCAGAAGCCGAAAAAGAAACUAAGAAAGAAAAUGAUAAUUUAAAUUUUAUUCUUCCGACGCAAUCAUCCAAAAUUUCCAAAAUUAGCAAUGAUAUAAUAUCGGUAACAGAUGAGAUUAAAAAUGUUACAGCGACAGAUUCACGAACAAAGAAUAUGCUGUCUGUUUUAACAUCAACUGUUAAACGAAAUGGUCGACUGACAAAAUAUACCACAACAAUAUUUGGAACAUACAUAAAUGGCGUUUAUGCCCAGAGAGCAAAGUCAAGAUCUGAAAUCGUGCCAAUUACAGAAAUGGAUAUGACAAUGCCUGAAACAACGCUUAUGUUCAGUCCUUCUAGACUUCCUGGCCUUAUACGAAGUAUAGUUUCACGUAAAAUUCGCGGACCCGUUGCAGUUCAUCUCACUACUGAAAUACAUGGUACAUUUGUUGGUGGAGCAUAUGCUCAAACGGCGAGAGUUUUUACUAGUUCUCAACCCCUUUCAUCCACAAGAGAACCAUUUCGAAUUAGGUUACCUAGUCUUACCACAACGUCUACCUCUGGUACAAGACGGACGGGGCUUUUAUCUACCAGGGUAUUAAGAAGUAAAAUUGACGGAUCUAAAACAUUAUUAUUUGUUUCUGAAAUUUAUGGUACGCAUAUAGGAGGGGCGUAUGCUCAUUUGGGCACUUAUACAACAAGAACUAUUACAAAUACUUUACCAACUAGUAGCAUAAACCCACUAGAGCUUGAGCAAACGUCAAGCAUAUUACCUACGUUUCAUGUGGAAGACUUGACAACGGGCCUUGUAACAGCUUCAGUUAGCGAAAAGGUGAUUAACGAUACAACUACGCGUUAUCAUUAUGCGGUUUAUGGUACAUACCUGGAUGGUACUUAUGCUCAUGUCCCCAGUAUAUCGACAGAAAUGUUUCCUCCUCUUUCUCUCAUACCUUCAAAAAUUCCAACUAAAAUAAUGGAACCAAAAGUACCUAUUACUGACAAUUAUAUAUCUAGUACAGUUGUUUCCCAGGCGAAGUCUGUUGCAAAAAGCCCUAAAAUUGGAUUGAUUCAGGCUUCAACUAGAGUUCAUGUUAAUAACGGGACAACGACGAGACACAUAUUUGAAGUACAUGGAACAUAUCUUGAUGGAACAUACGCACAUGUUCCAAGCGUGUCUAUAGAAAAGAUUGCGCCUACAAAAAGUACGGGUAAAGAGGAUGGAGACUUAUUUACUUCUCUUGUACAUAUGAGUGAAGAAAUGAAAAGUGGUUAUGAGGUUUUGACAAUAUUUUCACCUGUGAUUAGCGAAACAGGCCCAUUGAGUAGAAUGGCAGAAGGAAAAGAUUUAACAAUAUUUUUUGAGGAAAAGGAUGUGCCAACUUCCAAAAUAGCAAGCAAAUAUUUUAAUAGUUUAGAAGAUAGCAAGAUUUUUAAUAUUACAACAGAUUCCUCGGUAGAAAAGGAUACCGAAUCUACUUCAGCCUCUAGAGCCCCACAUCCUUCCUUUGCUCCAGUAUUGUUGCCUGAAGCUUUAAGAGUUUCAUUUGCUCACGAAAUUCGAAAUGAAAGAGUGAAAAGAGAUGAUCCAUUUUCACCGUAUCUUCGAAGUUCAUUCACUGAAAGUGUUCGAAAUUUGAAAGAACCUUAUGGGAAUUCAUUGACAGUAACAACACCAUUGCCGGUAUCGAUUUUUUCUGGAUUUUCUCCAGACUUGAUUAUAAACGCAAGCAAAACAUGUUCCAUCACUAAAACGGAUAAAGUCAAUAAAAGGCUAACACAGAACAGCAUAAAAUCUACUAUUAAAAUGUCUUCUAAAUUGAGAAUGACAAAAAAACUGAAUUUUCAUUCAAAAGGUAAAUUACCCUUGAAAAGAUCUAAACGAUCCCCUGCUGCUACCAGACCUUCAUUUGGCAACAAGCGAUUUGGUGGUGCUUCUAGUAGUAGUAGUGGUAGUACCCGAAAAUUUGGUUCGAGUAACUCUUUCAAAAGAGAGCUGAAUUCAGCAACAAGUAGAUCAUAUCGAAGUAGUACUCACAGAGGGGCAUCUAUUUCUCCCUCAAAAUCAACUACAAGAAGUUAUCAAUCACCUACAAGCAGUUUAACUUUUCUUUUGAGAAAUCAAAGGCCAAAACCAAACCUUUUAAAAACAAGAGAUAGUACUUCCGCAGUUAAACCUACAUCUUCGAGUAGCUAUAUUCUUUUAUCAUCUAGUAGAUCAAGAAGAUUUGGGAAGAAGACGUCUGAAGACACGCAAAAAAUUGACGAAGAUUUUGAAGCUAGUGAGGCUGUUGCUGAAUCAGUAACUGAGCAAAAUAUUAAAACAACCGAAACUUUAUUGUCACGUUUACGCCGACCAUCAAAGUUUCUUAAAUUUAAUUCUCGUGUAACCACACCUACAGGAAGACAAACAAAAGUACAUUCAACUACAGCUAAACCAUCGUCUAGGAGACCAAGAAUUGCUAUUAAAAGUACUAGCACGUCAGUUCGAAAUCGAAAAAGCAGUCGUCGUAAUUUCGAAGAUGUACAACCAACUCCGACUCUGGAUACCACUUCUACGAAAAAACGUUUCACAUUAACAACGACGUUUUCUUUAAGCGUGAAACCAACAAUUGGAUUAAUGACUUCUGUUGAUGAUCCAGAAGAUUAUAAUAAUCUACAGGAAGAUACUAGAGUUACUAAACGCAAAAAUAAGAACCGGGGAUCAGUUUCGAACUCUCGCAACCGCCAACGAAAUGCUUAUACACCAACAUUUGAUAGUGAAGAUAAUGAAGUUAGGCCUGAAAAACCGAAGGCUUUACCUUUACCAGUAUUUGGCCGAACACGAGGUUUGAAAAGGCCUCCGAAAUUUGACCCAAGAACUAUAAAAGCCAGCAGCACAACAUCUUCAGCUACUGUAACUUAUGUUGAUGGGAUAACCACCUCAGAGUUAGAAGAUGAUGAUUCCAUGUUUACAAGCUAUCAUACUGGUCCCGUUACUGUAACUGAUGUAUUCACUACAACUAAAACUUUACCAGUCCAUCUUGGUUUGCGCACAUCUUUUGCGACUAUUACAACUACAGCCUAUACAACAAGUGUUAUUAAACCUGAGGAUCUAACAACAAUUACUCUGGGAGGAGUCACGAAAACUCUAUUGUCGGCCAUUACUGGCCUUCCAGAUUUUAAUCUUCCUCUAGAUAAACAGUUUACCGUUAUUACGGAAGUUAUUCUGACCACGACAGCAAUAGAAAGCACAUCUUUAGUCGCCAUUAAAGUUGGAUUUGGUACCCGAACUGACACUAUUGUAAGUAAACAAAUACUGACUACUUUAGCUACACAAACAAAUACUAUUCUUGAACAAAAAUCUGCUGCUCCUGCAGUUCAACCUCAUUAUCCCUAUUUUCCCAAUCCUUUCGCCCCGCCUAUGCCAAUACAAAACACUGAUUUCUCGUUAUCACUGUCAGAAAACUCAUUUGUUUCUACACAAACACUGACUUCCACUACUGUACUACCUUUGUUUUUCAACGGAAAGACAGUUUUUACUACACUAACGAGUACUUCAGUAAGCGAAACAACUUUAGUUAAAACAACGACAGUAAAAGUGCCCCAAAUUCCAUCUGCUCAUCCUUUUGUAUUCCCGCAACCGGUUUUUAUAUUACCAUCCGUAACCACAGAAUUAACUGUUCAUUUUACCGCCCAUAAUGGAGAAGUUUUCUCUAUUGUUACUCUUAUAACGGUUCCUUUAGCUCUUAACGGUCACACCAGGUUUGCACGUAGCGUUCAAGAAAUUGAUGUCAGUCCAACAAAUGCCAUGGAAACUGUAGUAAAUACUAGGAUGUUAAACGAUUACUCUGUAAAUAACUUCCUAGAAUUUGAAUCUAAAGCUAUUCCUGUAAAUAAUGAUAAGAACAAAUUUCAAAGUUUUGCGCUGCAGAGUAGUUUUAAUGGGGAUAUUCUUUUAAAUAAUAAAGUGUCUACAGAUACUUUAACUCCUACCCUUACGAAAGAUAAAAUUGAAGCUCAAAUCAAAACAAAACUUUUGUCCAAUACAAUAACUCCGGAUAUUCACAAUACAUAUACCAAGCAUAUGGCAGAAAUAAAUAAUGAUAAAAAAUCAGAAAUUUUAGAAAUUAAGGAAUUUAAAGUUCGUAAAUUACUUCAGUUUGAUGAUACCAUAGAAAAUUCUGAUAUUUUGGGUAAAAGUGUUCCAGAAGACUCCGACAAUAAGAUGAGAAUUGAAGGUGAAGCACCUUUAGCGGGUGAUAUUGUUAGCACUCAGAGCGAUAAACGGCAACCAGUUUCUGAAGAUAUGUAUAUUGUUGAUACAUUCCAUUUACUAGGUGCUGGUUAUGAUGAUGAUAGCUCAGGAAGACCAAUACCAGCGGUAAGAGUGAUACCUACUAGAAGAGCAUAUAUUCGCAGGCUUAAACCAAGCGGGUUCCAAAAUCUUCCAUCUGAGGAAAAUGAUGAUGGAUUCUCUAUUCGAAGAAAUCCAUCAAAUUUUCCACUUAAUAAUGCCCCUAAUUUUACUCCAGCAAGACCAGGCCACCUAUUUGAUGAAACCUUUGGGUCGGAAAGAAAUAAUGCUAGGUUGUCUAACAGACCACCAUCUUCCCAAGAUUUUCCCUUUAAUGGAUUUGGGCCAAUAAGAAACCAGCAGUUCUAUGCACCAAACAGACCAAAUGUUUCCCCUGAUGUACUUCCAGAAGCCUAUGGAUCAUUUCGAAGACCAUCGAAUUUUGGUGUGAAUAGACCGAAUCGACCAGAAGAACUGAAUGCAGAUAGCCUUAGACCUGCAAGAAAUCCACAAAACUUUCCCUUAAUUAGAUCUAAUUUACCACAGACAGAUGGAUAUGAUGCUAUUCGAAAUUUGCCCAAUUACUCACCUACAAGGCAAAAUAACCCCACCCGCUUAAAAGAUGAAACGGUUGUAAGCCCUAAUAAACCGCUAGAAGAAGUGUCACGAAAUCAAAUCAACAGACCUCUUUCCCUAGCAACAAAUGCUCCAAGACGAGUAAUAAGACUUCGUCGACCAGGAAAUCCGCAACAAAUAAGGCCACAGUCCUCAAAAGAACUUCUGGAUAGAAAACCUAUCAUCAACGCUUUGCCUGAUCAUGAUGAUACACCUGUAAGAGCUCGAGGUCCAGUAGUUGUUAAAAACACAGCCACAGUACAGGAUAUUAGAAGCCCCAAUGGAAUAACAGUGAACGAAAAUACUGAUUUACAAAAUAAUUAUGCCGAUAACACCGAAGCCGUUCCUUUAACUUACUAUACAACAUUUACAUAUAUGACUACAUUUUUGAAUGGUCCAUCUACUGCAUACUCAACUCGAGAGGCGGUAGUUUCAAAUAUUGCUACGGAGACUCUUAAUCCCAGAUUGAUAGGCUUAAUUAGAUCAAGAGGCGGAUUUACAUCUCAAAAUGGUAUUCAGACUGCUGUACCACUUGGCUCCAGAGCACAGGGUGCAACAACUACAAUAGUAAACUUAGCAUCUCGUGUUCAGUUGUACAACAGUGAUGUGUAUUAUGGCCGGCCUAAUUCAAACAACCCUAUGCCUCUGCGAGGAAUAAAUCCGUACGAAGUUGAAGUGAAGCCUACUGAAGCAACAAUGAAGACCAUACUUAUCACUGAAAUUGCGACUUUACCAAAGACAUAUUACACAUUAUUUACCUACUAUUACACUUUACGAGAUGGUGACAAAAAUACGCAUUCUCAGAGGUCAGAAAUUGUAUCUAAUGUAGAUACCCAAACCGAACCUUUCCUUAUGCAGGAUUUCUCCAAUACUAUUGACAACUCUGGUCUGAUAACAAUCAAACCUAGUAAAGAACUUGUCAAUCUUGGUUUACGAACUGCUGGAGGAACAACUACCGAAGUAAAUCUCGAACUUAAAACCCUUAUUCACAUUGAUGGCUUGAGAAAUGUAGUUAUUGAUAGGGGAACAAUAACACCAACACUUGUUGAGGUACUGCCAUCGGAGACAAAUGCAAUUUUAAAUAAUUAUUUAGAACUGGAUGACGCAGAGGUUCAAGAUCAGCAAACAUACCCUCAGACAGUACCAAUACAGCCAUCCUUUUCUUCUGAAGCAGAUUCGUACUCAGGAAUUUUAAGAUCAUCAUCAAAUAGAGGAGCCACUCCAGAAAUACCUGAAAAUAAUAGAGUAAUACGAACCCAAUCUGUCCGAGGACCUCUACGUGUAGCAAGUACCACGUUGCAAAGACCAGGUACGUUGAGAAGUGGAGUGUUUGCUCCUAGGCCAGGUGUUCGUGUGCGUGUACGACCGGUGUCCAGCAGACUUUUGGGUAGCUCAGACUCUGAGGCACUGCAACCAGUUGUCAGUUCUCUUAUGACGAGCUUUGAUUCAACUCGCAGUCCUGUUGAGAGUAAACCUGUGGAAGAUAACAUCGAAGACGAGGACAAAGAUGACACAGAAGAUGAUGAGAACGAGAACGAAUCAGACGAAGAUUCUUCUGCUGAAGAAAGUGAAACUAGCACAGUACCUGGCAGGAAAAGAUUGAAAAUAACCAUUCGUCGUUCACCUGGAGUUUCAGCAUCAAGCCCAAACUCGCGCUUUAUUAGGCCUACCAGGACACGACCUCGUUUUUAUGUUGUUACAAGGACAGCUUCGCCAUCUGGAUCUCCUCAGCGUCUACCAAAACGACCUGUGUCUGUUAAAGUAAGCAGAAGGCCUAGACCAUCAGGUGAACCUCAGUACGAAACUUACACCACAAUGACAUCUGUUCCUGUAGUUUUUGGAUUGAGUACAACAUAUCGAAAUGCUCUGGUUACGUCAUCUUCUCUUGUGACUUCAGAUGAAGUACAACCCAGUAAAACAGUAAUACUAACAUAUUUCACAACCACUACCUAUACCGUUCCUUAUACUGUGGAUGGAAGAGUGACAUAUACAACUUUGGAAGAAACAAAUUCCAGAAUAGCUACUGAAACCUUAGAUCCAGAUGCAGAUUUAUCUUUUGUCUCCACUACAACGAUAGAAGCUAUGGAGGAAGCUCUCGUUACGGAUGUCCCAAUAUCUCCAGUGUAUGAUGACCACCAACCACCACAGACUUUAAAACCACAAGUAGUGAAUAAUCAGCUUAAUGUUGGUCAAAGAAUGAAUUUAGUAACGAAGAUUUCAAAUGGCGUAUCACUGAUUGUUGCAACAGAUGGUGAUGUCGAAACUGCUCAUGUCGUUUCACAACCUACUCUCACAUUACGGCCAACAGUGGUGACAGAUGCUUUACUGAUGAUGGACAAAGAUGUCACAACUGUUUAUGAACCUCGGACAUUCUUUACUACCUUUACAUUCUUUACAACGUUCUUCUCUAGUGGAACACCUUCUACUUCUACAUCAGAACAAGUAAUCACAAAUGUUUAUUCUGUUCCUGUAACACAUAAAAUAAGCACUACUAAACUUGCAAAUGAACCUAUAACUUUGAUCGAGACGAGUGAAAAUCUGGUAAGCACUACGUUCUAUACUACGACUACUUUCUAUGCAACUCUCUUCAAUGGAACAGAAACGAUUGUUACACCGAUAAUGGAAACAGAGUCAUCUAUCAUCACUUCUACUGAAACGUAUACGAUUACGAAAACAAUAAUGCCAACUCCAUCCGCUACCUUAUCAGCUGAAAUCAGAGCUACAGAACAGCCAGAAUUAUUAACAACAACUGCUUCAAUUUACAGAACGGUUACAAAUUUUGUUACGCUUUUCACCGGAACGGAAACUAUUCUUUCUCCAAUAGAAGAAAUUCAAACGGAUAUAGUUACAAUGACAUUAGAUAAACGCUUGCAGCCCCCUGUACCACAGGCAUCGUCUACAAAAGACACAUACACUACAAGAACGAUACAAGCAACGAAUACACAUUAUAUUACACUCUUCAGUAAUUCUGGAACAAUACUCUCUUCAAUUACAGAAGUUGCUCCAAGUGUAAUAACUGAGCUUGUUAAGCAAUUGCAAGAACCUACUACAACGACAUUUUUCAGUCCUGCUAGUGCAAAACCGACGUCAGAAGAGCCAAGUUCUUCUCCAAGCGUUGAACCUACAUUCCAAGAUCUUGUGCCUUCUAUUCGGACUCAAUAUACUACUCUUACAUAUUUCACGACACUAUUUACAGAUUCAAGCACCAUAUUAUCCAGUAGGGAAGAAGUUGCAACCUCUUAUAUAACCCUUUUCGUACCAGCACCUUUGCCAGGAGCAACAAUGCAGAAUAUGGGAGCUUUCACUCUGCAAACAGAUUCUAAAUCACAAAAACAAGAUGCAAAGUUAACAAAUGAAAUGAUGCCUUCUAUAACACCAUCAAAAGAAAUAUUAACAUUCUAUACCACAUAUACAUUCUCCACUACACUCUUUAGAGGUACAGAAACUAUAAUUAGUGACAGUGAAACCAUUGUAACUCAGUACGUGACUAUUGACUCUACACCGACAGAUAUAUCAAGACAAACAACAUCGUCACCUAUUUUGAAUCGUCCAAACGUCUCUGAUUCAUUUGAAAUUAGGAUUGAACCGACUACUCUUAUAUUGUCUUCUCCAACUGUUGAAACGGGUCCAGGAAUGCUGAGUUCUAGCAGCAGUAGCAUAUCAGAAAAUUCAGAGGAUGACGACAUCAAAAUUAUCGGUGUUAGUACGAAGAUUGAAAGUGGUGCAGAGGCACCAUCUAUACUCACAGGAAUCCCAACAACAGACUCAAAUGGAGCGACACAUAUACUCUUUACAGAUUUUAUUGUUCCAUCAUCUAUGCUUGAACCUCAUUCUUCGAUAACAGAAAUUUCGUCGGAAUACAUAACACCUGCACUAGAAGACAUACUUUCUUCUUAUGUAAUUACAAGUGACACAUCUUCCCCUUCUUAUUAUGAAACCACAUUCUUUCCUCUGGAAUCUUCUACGCCUUCUUCUGCUCGUGAUUCUGCUUCUGACUUUGCCACUACGAGGUUGACAGACGUCAAUGUAGCAACGCAUCAUAUGAUUCUCAAUCCGACUACAUCUUACCAAUCAGGAUCUUCUCAAACCGUCGGUAUCAAACCAGGUGCUGUUAUUGAUCUAUCGGAUGUCCUUACAAAUACAAAUUUGGUAGGAAACUUGGGUGAAACGAUCAAAGAUAUCGUAAACUUGUUUGCAGCUAAUGGUAAUAGGCCAAGAAAUAAUGCAUCAAAAACGACUCAGUCUUUAACUGAACAAUCCAUAGCACCACCAAGUGGAGGAAUUACGGUCAGCAACUCUGAAGAACCUAUAUAUAUUCCAAUAGGGGCAAUUGGCCGCAGUACAGUGGCCUCUACUGUUGCCUCGCAGAGCCGACCAAGCGGAAUUAUGUUAGAACCCAGUACUAUUUUAUCUGGAUUUACGCCUAUUGUAAAAGGCACUGAAAAGAAUACUCUUGAUGCUCAAAAUGAUAGGAAAAUCGAAGCAAGCACAGAGAAGGACGACUCCAGUAGUACAGUUACUAGCAUUAUAUUUGGAUCAAACACUAUAUUUAUUCAGCCUACAAGUGUCGUAAAUAAAGCUCCUACCACAGUACAAAUUUCUGAUAUGGACGGUAGGUUCCACAGUUCUUUCAAUACUGCGGUACUAGAUGGUAGUGUUACAAAUAAAGAUAAUGAUCAGAAUAAAAAAGAAACGCCUGUUAUGCAUGGUACUGAAAGUACAUCUGUCAUUACUGGACACGAGACUAUAUUCUUUGGAUUCCCUGACGCUAGACAACCACCUAAAGCAACAACUCAAUUUAUUCAAGGGUCAGUUAGUACAUCGUCAAUUGUUGGCAUAGAAACAAUAUUUUUCGAUUCUCCUGAAGAUUUCUUUUCUCCUGGUUCCGGGCAAGUAAAUAUAUCUGGAGCUACAACAAUAUUUGGAACAUAUCCAACCAAAACAAGCACUGAAACGUCUAGUAGUACAACAGGUUCUUCAUUUACAACAAGAUCUUCUGGAGAAACAACUAUAUUUUUCCCUAUAGCAGGAGAUAAUCAACAACAUCCAUCAAGUCCUGGUACACGGUACGUAACGAGCGUAGAAAGUGUUACGUUAACUCUUACAUUGACGACGAGCAGCGUAUACCAGACUAAUGAUGUGCCGGUAACUGUCACGUCAGUAUUUACAACCACAAUUCCUCCAAGAACAUUUGUCUCCACUAUUAUUGGCUCUAGAACAAUUUUGGGUACACAACCUGAACCAACAGAAGCUCUGCAAGUGAUACCUACCAUGCAGCCUUCAGAGUCUACAACUACUGUCACUACGACAACAUUGAUUUUCAAUUCUAUUGCUACGACAGUAGUAAGAACAUUGGUAAUUCCUACUAAUGCUUUACAGCCUACCAAGCCAACAACAAGUACAUCUACAGUUUCUCCAAAAUUGGGAGGUAUAAUUUUGCCACCUAACCAAAAACCGAAAGGCACCGAACGUCCAACAACUCCAAGAAAGCCUAUACAACUUUUCAAGUCAGGCAACAGACCUACUGAGCCUACUACUCCAAAACCAAUUCGAACGGGACCUCCUUUAAAACUAUUCCCAACGAAACCUCCAACGACAACAACGAAGAAACCCCCAAGUCGUCCUACCACCACACGAAAACCUACAUUCAGAAAACCUGGCAAAACCCUCGUACCCAUCACGGAUGGUUGCCCAAGAGAAUGUAAUUUAAAGAACAAAGAAGUUUGUAAACAAAAUCCAGACAAAACAUGGUCUUGCCAGUGCAGACCAGGGUUCUUCAAGAAGGAAGGUUCUGAAGAAUGUAGAGAUGUGAAAUCGUAUGUGGUGUUAGUUCGAGUGUUGAAGAUGGGUGGUAAUGAUGUAACAUACAAUUCAGAGCUUAACAAUUAUCUCUCUCCAGAAUACAAGAACCUAACAACAACUGCUAGAAAAGCGGUGGACGAUGCUUACAAAACAUCAAGUGUAGGAGAUGACUUUGUUAGCGCCAAUGUACUCAGCGUAUCCGAUGCAAGCGGCUUACGUAGAGAAGGUGUGCUAGUCAAUUUGACAGUCCAAGUCAGUGGCGAGAAACCAUCGAAUGAAGAAUUUUUGAAGGAAGAGCUAAAACAAUCACUCGAAGCUGCUGCUUCUGAAGUUGAUUUAGCUAAUUCUACCGUUGUCAGCCCAAUAAUUCAAAGAGUCGAAGACGUUCAAGACUUUGAUGAAUGUGCUGAUGAUAACUACAAUGAUUGCUCGCGAAGUGCCAUUUGUAUUAAUUUGCCAGGAACAUACACUUGUGAAUGCAAAGAAGGAUACCAAGACCUAGAACCGUUACUUCCUGGUAGAAUUUGUUCAGGUGAAAUUAAAGAUUGUGACUAUUGCAAUAACCGCGGAGUUUGCAUUAUGACAGAAGAUGAUAAUAAAUUCUGCAGGUGCUAUCGAAUGUAUCUUGGAAAGCAGUGCGAAAUUAAUGGAUUAGUUUUAGCAAUAGCUUUGCCGAUAGCUUUGGCAUUGCUAAUACUCACCAUGUUCUGCCUGCUGUGCGGUUGUCGCAAACUGAGGCAAAGGCGAACUCAGAAGCCCAAGCCUAACAAUGUCUUCAAGGGCAUGGUUCCACCAACGCCUGGGACCUUGGACAGGAAAGGAAUGCUAAUGGACUCAAGCAGUGAGAGCAGCGGGGAACACAGGCCGCCAGCCCGUGCUUACGACGGCUUCGGAGAUGACGUGGCAAACUCUACAAUGAAGCGAAGCCGUCGAAGCGACAGCAUGGAUGACCGUAUCUCUGCAGAUUUUCAAGUCCCAACUGUUCUCAUACCGAGAGCAAAGCACAGCCACCCAAAGCAGAUGAUAUUCGGCCGGGAUAUGGAAAGCAUUUUGAAUAGGGAUAUGUGUUCCACAUUCACCACAUUCCCUGCUCGAAGAAUGAGUACACAGUCACUCAUUUGCGAAGCAUCUUCAAUGUAUCCGAGUGUUCCUAGGCGACAAGGUAGUUUAUGUCAUCUGGAUAAAUUAACAUAUGAGACCUGUGUUGCCCAGUUGAAUGAACUAAGGGAAGCCAGGUUACCUCCACCAGCUCGAAGUGCAGGUCGUGGUAGACUUCGUCGCCUAUCAUUAGUUAGCAGCCAAGGAUCGAGAGCAGCGAAUGCUGGAAGCGGUCAGGAGUAUAUCAGCGAAAGAGGUAGUAGAUGUCGAAGUUCUAUAGGACAGUACGGGCUGGAACCAGAAUUGUGGAUUCCAAGAAGAGGCAGUAUGACACACAGCGAACUGCUUAAUGAAGUCAACAUGUCGCCUUCUUCUACGAACACCAGGCAAAGAGUAUGGUCCGAAACUGGUCGUUCAUGCGAUGAGACUACAAUACGAGCGUCACUGAGGAAUUUUCGGACUGGUUCUGAGUACUUUGUGCCUGGAUCCAGACAGCCUUCAACUAGACGACUUACAAGCGAAGAGCAAUCGAUUGCUGACAGAGAAGAUUUAUUGGAUAUGAGUUUUACUGACAGUUUAAUGCCUGAAUCUAAUGGUCCAAAUUAUGAGAGGUUACCUUCAAGUCGCAAAGAAAAAAAGCGACGGUGUAGUCGCGAUCAGAGAAGUUAUCACUGCUAUGAUAAUCCAACUAGUCUUACUGAAGAAUUCAAUGAAUCGUGAUUCCUUGCUGUUAAUAAUUUAGCAGGACUCAACGGAUGAAGACGUUGUGCCAAUUUGUUCUGUGACUAUUACAUUUCUUUUGAAUUUUGCUUCAAUUUCUGGUUGAGAAGUAUCUCUCUGACAACUAAGCUAAGUGAUAUUUAACACGAAAGAAAAGAGUUUGUAAAUGUUAAUGGGAAAUAGUACUAUAAUAUGCUGAGUAUGUGUUUCAAUUACUGUAUAGUCAAACAGUAGUCAUCAUCUAAACGUACAUCAUUGUCUUUUAACAGAAUUUUGUGCACUUUAUGUAAAAAAAAAUAUAUGAAAAUGAAAUCUCCAGUUCUUAUUAGUCAUAAGACAGUGAUAUAAUAACAUACAUGAAGAAAAGAGGAAAAAUUCUGCAUUAAAUUGAAAAUGUAAUAUCUUAAGAAAUAAUGAGUAAAUAACUAUAAAAGCAUUUUUAAAAGUAAAAAAUAUGUAUUAAUUAACGUUUUAUAUAAAUUGGAAGUAGACAUUUAAAAAAUAUUUAAAAUUUAAACUACGAGACAAAAUUAAUGUACGUUUUUAAAAUUUAUCUCAUAUAGAUUCGGAAAUUUCAGAAAAUAUGGUUUUUGAUGUAAGUUUACAUAUCUAUUAAGAUAGAAAAAGUACCGAGCCAUUUAAACUUCAGCAGAGUACACACGGAAUGAAUUGAAAUGUUUUAAUUUAGUAUUUAUUAUGUGAGUAUUUUGAAAUCAGUGUGUUGAAUAAUACAGCUCCUAUCUGUAACUACAAAACUGAGGGAUACGGUGUUAUCUACUAAUAAUUAUUCCCCUAAGAUUGCUUGAAUAACUAUUACGAAUUUGAUGUUUUCAGUUAGAGAUGUCGUUUUGUGCUGGACACUAAAAGUGUAAUAAAACGGUCUCAAGCAGAUAGGCAGAGGUAAAUUUUUCUCUACUAAAUAUUUUGUAAUUUAUGAAACUCAAUAAUAUUUAUGUAAAUAGAAAUUAUACUAAGGUGUUGUUUGUAAAAAACAUUUGAAGUGUUUGAAAUAUGUCAAACAUGUAUCGUUUGUUAAUGAUAUUAAAUAAAUAUUACUUUUUAUAA